AUAAAGAGCCAUCGGAGCCGAUUCCAUAAAUUUAUUUGUCUGGUAGAAGUUCGAUUUAGCCCCGGCUUGGUCAGCGAACGAACGUGCGUUACGCAAAGCCGCUCGCGGCCCAAUUGAUUGUAAAUGUUUUUUUAAUGUGUCCCCUCUCCAUUUCUCAUUCACAAUUGUAAUACACAAAAGAAAGUCAAAGAAAUGGAGACCCUCGAGAAACUUCCCAACAUUGCACGUCUCUCAGAAAGAGUGAUUCGAGUCCUAGGACUAAAUCCUGGCAAAUUCACAUUGCAGGGAACGAACACGUACUUGAUUGGGAAAGGUCCACGCAAAGUCCUCCUUGAUACAGGUGAGGGCGUCUCGGAGUACAUCCCUCUAUUGCAAAGCGCUCUUAAGAAAGACCUUGGUGACGCUACCAUAUCCAAAGUUAUCUGUUCACAUUGGCACCAUGACCAUGUGGGUGGUAUUCCUGAGGUGAUGAAGUUCUUGGCUUCACGUAAUAUCCAACUCAAUGAUUUAACAGCCGAAGAGGGAGCAACCUUACCGAUCGUGUACAAAUUCCCAGAUCCAGAGCAUGAUGAUCCCGAAACACAGUUUGAAGGCCUUCAGGACCAACAAGAGUUUAAAGUGGAUGACCAGACAACGUUGGUAACUUUACAUACACCAGGCCAUACGUCGGAUCACUGCAGUUUCUGGUUGAAAGAGGAGAACACGCUGUUUACAGCGGAUUGUGUUUUGGGUCAAGGUUCGGCUGUGUUUGAGGAUUUGAGCAAGUAUAUGAAAUCACUGGAGAAGCAAUUGACUCUCGGACAAGCAAGUGGAGAGGGCCAGCAACAGGAACCAGCCUUUAAGAUCUAUCCUGGACAUGGACCGGUGGUUGAAGAUGGUCCGGCCAAGAUUCGAGAGUAUAUUAAUCAUCGUCUUGAACGGGAAAGGGAUAUUUUGAAGGUGUUGUCGAAUCCUAUUCCGAAGAGUGAUGGUGAUAAUGACUAUACCAGUACUGAUGCUAAUGCUGAUACAACAACUACAACGACGUCUUUGGAGGUAGCAGGUAUUGGUAAGACUGCAUUGCAGAUUGUUUCGGUUAUCUAUAAGGUAUAUCCGGUCUAUCUACAUGCAGCAGCGGAACACCAGGUUCUACUGCACCUCAAGAAACUAGAGCAGGAUGGUAAGGUUCGAAGGGCAGGAGGGCUCGAUACUACUAUAGAAUUAUCGGAUGUUGUCUGGGAGCCAGUUCAGCAGAAAUGUCAGUUUAGAAUAUGAAAAACCCCAUGACUUGGAAGCAUGAACAGAGUUACAUUAUCAACGUACUGAAGAAUUAAAAUCUCUAGG